AUUGCCUGCUCUAAUGAGCGCUGCGUCUCGGUGGCCUUGCCACGCCGCCCUCGCCCUGCCCGCCAGUCCAGUGUAGCCGCCGAAACGCCGGGGCACCAUGGAGCUGCUGGGCUCCUUCUACCGGAGGAAGCUUCGCAGGAAGAGCAAGGCGGUCGACCGGUCCGAGGGCGCGCUCUGCAAGGCCCCCUCGGAGACCAGUGUCAACAGCCUGGCGACCGGUCUGAUCUCCAAGGUGCUGAGGUUCACGGCCAGACGGAGCGAACCGGUGUCACGGCCUCACUCGUGGCACUCCACGAAACUUGGGGAGGGCCUGCCGGACUCCAGCAUGAUGCAGGUAUCCCAGGGCAGCAUGGGAGCUCCCUGGCACCAGACCUACCACUCCAGUGCCUCCACCACUGACCUUUCCACUUAUGAGACCGGGUUCCUGCGGAAGAGCCCGGACCAGUACAGCUCCCGGGGGAGCAUGGAGAGCCUGGACCACGGUCACCCGGCUUACAGCUCCUGCCACCAGCUGUCGCCCUCCAAGUCCUCCGGCAGCAUCGACCACCUGCACAGCAAGAGGGACUCGGCCUACAGCUCCUUCUCCACCAGCUCCAGCAUCCCGGAGUACCCCGCCGCGGCCGGCCUGCCCCUGGGGAAAGAGCGCUCCUACUCCAUGGAGAGCAUGCUCUCGCCGCAGCAGCGUGGCCCCGAGGGCCUGAGGCAGGCCGACAUCCGCUACGUGCGUACCGUCUACGACCCCCAGCAGGGCAUCUCAGAGGAGCACGAAGUGAACCCGGUGGCCCUCCUGCACGGGGGCGAGGGCAGGGCGCACGGGGAGGCGGUCCGGGGCCAUCGCAACAGCAGCAGCAGCAGCAGCGGCAGCAGCGGCGGUGGCGGCAGCACCGCCUCGGUGCCCAGCCGCCACAGCUUGGGGCCCGCGUGGGGCUCAAAGCCGCAGCACAACUCCUACGAGAGCCUGAAGGGGGCGCCGGCGCCGCCGCUGCGCAGUGACAGCUAUGCGGCCAUCAGGAACCACGAGAGGAGCCACGAGAGGCCCAGCUCGUGGUCCAGCCUGGAGCAGGCCCGGUCCAUGAGGGCCUUACAGAAGGGGUCCUGGCACCACUCCAGUGGCUCGGUGUCCUCCGGGAAGUCCUUGUUCGCCGCCGAGGGCCAGCAUCUCCACACCCUCGUGGAGAAGAGCCCUGAGAGCAGCCCCACCACCAGGCCCAGACAGGGCAUCCCGCAAGCCCCGCCCUCAGGGCGCGUCAUGCUGCCCACGGGCAUCUACCAGGUGCCCCCGCCCAAGCCGCACUUCGCCCAGGCGCCCUCCUGCUGCCCCAGCUCCAACAGCGUGUACCCAGCCUUGGCUAAGGAAAGCAGGGGCACUUCCCAUGGGGACUGGGGCAUGGGAGUGAGCGUGGACGGUCCGGCCGUGGAGAAUGGAUACCAAAGCAGCACUUCCUCCACUGCCGGCCAGCCCCCCUGCUUUCCUCAACCAAAACUGCAGGCACACCAGAAAGACAGGCGGCGGGAGGAGGAAGCACAACCGGGCUGCGGUCUCUACAGGCCUCAUUUCAAGCCUGGGGCCGAGGCGCACGGCGCGCCCCAGACACAUAGCCAGGAGCACACCUACAGGAGGGAUCCGUACACUCCGGUACAAACGAACCGAGAAAGGCAGAGGCACCUCCAGGGCGCUGAAAACGAGGAGAGGUGCAGACAGACAAGGGAGGAGGAGCAGCUCAGGCCCGCUGAAAGGAUCCAUCAUGCGGACGCCACCCACCAGCAGAACGACUUUGCAUUGCCUGAAGGCAGACCCGGCUUUGAUGGCUCCAGAGAUGUCAGCAUCCAGAGCUCCCAGGGCAGCGGUCGCGGCACUUCUCAAAGCCAGAGGAGCAAUUGCGUCAGCAAUUUUUUCGACCCAGGCACCCUGCAGCAGGAUCACCCCUUGACCCGGCUGGAGAACGCACUGGCUGAGGUGCAGAGGGCUGCGAGCCCGGAAAGCACCCUGAGCCAGUGCAGCUCCCGGGGCGGGAGGGGCGAGGAGGCACCCCCCGCACGUGUCUCCGUGCUGGAGAAGGUGACCCGCUUCGAGCGUCACCAUGAGCAAGGGAAGCCGCGUAGUCAGAGCAGCAGCCACGCUGACUACCCCAGACACGGCUCCGUCCAGUCUGGCCCCACUUCUGUGGCCAAGAGCUCAUUCCCUGGCGAAGGGGGCCGGAGGGGUCAGGAGAUGCCCAAGGUCUCAGCCCAUUUCAGAUCCCAGAGCUACAGUGCGGUGGACCCUGUGGAAUACAGGGAGCAACAGCAGUACUUCUCAGAUGUUGAGUCACUUCAGAGGGGUCAGGGUAGAGAGAAGCUCACUCCCAGAAACCUCUGGGACAAAGACAUGGCUUUGCAGAGGAGCAAAAGCACCUUCCAGCUGGGUGAAGAGAAUGGCAAAGACUUCCACUGGAGGGACAAUCUGCAGGACAUCCUGGGCACCUUCCAGGACACUUCCUUCAACUCCGCCUACAGAGACAGCAUCAAGGGCGCCCAGGAUAAGGUCCUGAGGUCCACCUCCUUUAGGCGGAAAGACCUGAGCAUCGACUCUCCUGCCCUCGGCAAGCACAUGUCCCUGGAGAGGAAGGCCCCCAAGACUUUGCCCAAGCCUGCUGUGGUGUUCCCGCACGCCCCAAAAGAGAGGCACAUCGUAACCCCCGAUGUCGGGACAACCUGUCCCCCGGAGCUGCCCCGUGUCCCCCCGGUUGGUCCUCCCGUCGCUCGGAUCGGGGGACGCAAGCGCCUCACCCUGGAGCAGAAGAAGCGCUCCUACUCAGAGCCGGAGAAGAUGCACGAGGUGGGGGUGUCAGACGCUGAGAGCUCCGCCAGCUCCCAGGGGAAGGGCGCCGAGCAACUCAGUUUCCCUGAGACCAGCGUAGCGGACAAGCGCAGACUGUUUGAGCUGGCGGCUCACAGGAGCGCUGGCCCCCGCCCGGGUCCCGCUGCCGCCGCCUCCCGCCCAGAUCUGAAGCAGCUCCAGCAGGACGCCCUGGCCGAGUACAUGGAGCGCAAAACGGGCCGGCGGGCGGCUAGGAGCCAGCGUCCCCAGAGUGCCUACCUGCAGCCCUCCCCCUUCUCCUCCGACUCUCAGAGCCUGUCCUCCACCUCCAGCCUGGCCUCCCUGCAGGAGCUGGAGCUCGCUGGGCCUCCUCGCUCCGGCGGUCACCCCGGGGUGGGCCGAAUCUCCUCUACUCUGCCCCCCGGCCUACAGGGCUGCUUUUACUCCGACAGGAACCACACUCGACCUCCGUCCUCCUCCGGGUCCACCUCCUCCGCCUCCUCCGCCCACAGGCCUCGGGAGAGAUCCCAGGGGGGCGUCAGUUCUGAGCGGGAGCUGGACAAAACAUCCCCGCUUGCCCCGACCCAGCGGCUCCCUCAGACCCGUGACGGGGCUUUUGAGAGGGCUGGCCCAGCAAGGAAUUCUGGGAAGUCGGCCUCAGCGGAGGACCUGCUGGACCGUUCAGAGGAGAGGGCUGUUCCCCAGCACUUCAGAUCUCGAUCCUCACCCUCUGCAGAGAAACUCAAUCAGGAUGUGAUGGCAGGAGGCCACAGACAGCAUGGGAUCUUCUCUAAGGAGCCUCUGCCAAGCAGGCCAGUGGAAAACAUGGUGCAGGAAGGAUAUGCGGUGCCCCUGCAGCGAGCUGAGAGGUACCUCCCGAACUCGGGCCCGUCCCAGCAGAACACCCCCGUGACAAGGCGGGAGAAGCAGAGGAACGUGGACCGGCAGCGGGCGCACAGCGCGUCCGACCUGGCCGCCUCCGUGGGCCUGCCCAGCCCCUUCUCCUCGCCCCCGCCCAGCGGCAUGUAUCCGGACUGGCAGGCCAACAGCAUGCUGUGCCAGGCCUCCCUGGACGCCCUCACCCGCAGCCUGUUCCCCUCCCCGGCGCCGGCCCGCGGGCCUGGCCCGAAAAGCCAGAGGGGCGUGACGAGGCAGGGCUCGGCAGACAGCAGCGCGUCGGAGGAGACGCUGAAGGACUUCCCGGGGGCGGGACCGGGGCCGCAGAUACGUCCCGAGCAAGGGGCAGCUGGGGCCUCACCCCCCAGGGAGGAAGAGGAGAGGAGUCUGGCCUCCGCAGGGCCUGACGGACACCCCUCCCAAACGGAGAGCCCCGCCCUGACGCCCACGCGGCCCCUGCCCUCUCUGCGCAUCUCUGAGUCCAGCCUCCACUCCCCCCUGUCCCCGCACGUCUCACAGGACGACGAUGAGGUCUUCCUCCAGGAGCCGGCCCUGCCCUCCCCGCCGCCGCCCCCCUUGCCCGUUUGGGAAACAGACACCGCCGAGGACUUCCCCCUGCCUCCGCCUCCACCCCCACAGCUGCCCUCCUUCACAGAAGAAGAGCAGGAGUUCAUGGAGAUGCCCCAACCUCCUCCUCCACCAGAGCAGCUGAACAGCACUGACAGCCUGGACGACACAGCUGCCAACAGAGGGACCACGCAAACGUUGUCUGACCUCUCACCCCCGCCGGUGACCUCCGACCCCACACCAGCUCCUUUCACACCCAGCCAGAGCACAGAACCCCAGUCCCCCUCCGGCUCUUCGGAGGCAGAGGGUGCGCAGGGCGUCAAGGCCUGCGAGGCCCAGGAAAGCCUGGAGCUGGAGUUCCCCCUGCUCACCCGGAGGGAGAGGUCCGCCGAAGAGCUGAGGGUGGAAGCAUUGGCCAAGGAGCUGGUGUCCAGGGACAAGUCCCUGUCCCCCAUCCUGGACCCCUGGGCAGUGAAGAGCACCAUGGAUCUGAUGGAGGACAUCUUUCCUUUCGGGGCCGCACUGCAGCGGAGGAGGAGCAGUCGGCUGGAGGACAGUCUGAGGAAGAAUGGAGACUCUGUCACCAAGGAAACACAGCUGCAGAGCCAACCCGGAGAAAUGGAGAUGGAGACGGACUUGGACGCAGAGGAUGUUGACCUCAACCAAAAGAAGGGGGAGCUGGUGAGGGCCCUGACGCUGAGCGUGGCCGCGCUCCGGGAGGAGAAGGAGGGGCUGGCGGAGGAGCAGAGGCGGUUCAGCGCCCUCGGCGGCCACAUGGAGACGUUGGUGCAGGAGCGCUGCAAGCCCAACGAGCGGGAGAAGUACCGCAUGUUCGUCGGCGACCUGGAGAGGAUCGUCAACCUGCUGCUGUCGCUGCGUGGGCGGCUGGCACGUGUGGAGACCGCCCUCGCCGCGCUCGAGGGGGCGGACACGGAGGACAGCGCCGAGGAGAGGGAGUCCCUACAGCAGAAGCGCCGGCAGCUCUGCAGCCAGCACGAGGACGCCUGGGAGCUGAAGGAGAACCUGGACCGGCGCGAGCGCGUGGUCCUGGACUUCCUGGGCGGCUACCUGACCGGGCCGCAGCUGCGCGACUACCAGCACUUCGUCCGCGUGAAGCCGGCACUGCUGAUUCGCCAGCGCCACCUGGACGAGCUCAUCCGGCAGGGCGAGGAGCAGCUGCUCAGGCUGGGCGAGACUCUGCCCCCCGAGUACCAGGAGGGUGGGGGAACCCCUAUCUCCGCCCCCAGCCCCUCCCCCGUCUCCGCUCCCAGCCCCUCCCCCGCCGCCCGUUCCACCACAGUCACUUCUCUCUGACCCCAGCAAAGACUGCUGCUCACAGCGCCUGCUGAAGAAUAUACUUGAUGAACAGACAACCCCUCCCUCCCUCCCUCCCCCCCAUGCUGGAUUGCACACACUCCUUGGCUGGAAACACUCCUCCUUCCAGCUGCUGGGGAAAUGCUUUACAUGAAUGAUGUAACCCACUUUGUCAUCCUGAAGCACUCUUACACCAGAAUCACUCUAGAUCCGAACACCAGAUACUUGUAGCAGACUGUGAAUGACAAUGUUUUUCUGCUUUAAUCCGUUUUAGUUUGUGUCAGUUAUGGUUGGGUUUCUUUGCCGUCAUGUUAGAAUAUAUCUCCCUUCAUGAAUUGCUCAGUGUGGCCUUAUCCUGAAUAUACAGAUUUACAUUACUUCUCACAGGUCUAGAUCAAGGGGUUGAUUGAAUCUACCAUCAAAAGCAGGUGGCAGAAUGAUACCUAAAACAUUUUUGCAUGAAUUUUCAGCGGUAUUCCUCUUUGAUGUUUUUAUACAAUCUGACUGCAAUGCUUUUUGUGAUUACCUGUGAGUUGCAGUUUUAAGUGAUUUUACUGCUCACGUAACAUGAUGAAUUUGGCUGACAAUGAAAUGAUGAUAAAAAAGAAAGGUAAUCCUUUAAAUUUUAAAUUCAGUAUUGCAUUACUAAGAGAGGAGCAUGUGGAACAUAGUAUAGGUAUGUUUUACUGCAUUUGUAAACAAAUGCCUACGUUCUUGUGAAGGUAAUAUAUUUUUUUACUAUGUUUCAAGAGUAUCACUACAGCCCAAAAAUUUGUGGUAGAUUCAAUCUGCCUAAAUGCCUACAUUCUACCUGUAAUUAUAAAGGACUGUUUCUGUGCUGUGUCCAGGAAAAUACCUUUUUUUCCCUCAUUCACAACACCCACAUACAGGCAGGGAAAGAUCACAUUAAAGAAUAGCACCUUGUCAUUUUUAAUAGGACUUGCUACAUCAAUUAUCUGCACAGGUAUUGACAGCACAAAAGUACCGGGGCGAAAUAGCACUUGUUCUGUGUGGUCACCAAGAAGUACACUCACUAAAGGUAUUUUAUCACACAAAGGCUUUAUCCCAGAAAAGAAUCUAUUUCAGCUCCAGAUUUUUUUUUUUGCAAUGUAGACUAAAAAAAGCUCAAUGUAGCUGCCACCACAUCUGAGGAUUACAGCAAUGAUUAUUUAUAUUUAAAAUAUAUUUUAUGUAAGUGGCUGUAAAUACGAUGUGCUAACCUCUUGGUUUCUAUUGUGUAGAUGAAGAGCUCAUUUUGUAUUUUAUGAAGCCGAAAAGACGUCUUGAAGUUGCGUGAAAAUGUCAACAGAUGCAUUCCUCUCGGAAGAGAGCACAUGUUUCAAGAGGGCCAGAAGGAACACAGAUUUUACAGCGGGAAUCGUGUUCAUCCUCAAAAAAAAAAAAAAAAAAAGAAUUCCACCCCACAUUAAACAGUACCGACAGAGGAUUUUUUCUAUAAAGUCCACAGACAGGUUUCAGAAUGGAUGUACGUGUCCGCAAUCACUUCUGAGCACACAGGACAGAAGGGUUAGUUGGGUAGAUGCCACUGUAUGGAGGUUUCCAAUUUUUACUGCUGUAAAAUGGAGAUUGAAUUCUGUGCCCCUGUAUUGAUCAUAGGGGACUUUUCAGAUCAUAUUUGCCAGUAUGAUUCACUUUAAGAGCACCUUUUAAGUAAUUUAGAUUGUUGUUUUAAUACCAUUUAAAUAUAUAAAGCACAUGCAUACAAAUAUAUUCAGCAAUAAGGGCAGAAGGUGCCAACAAUAUCUUUACUUAAUUGCUUUGCAAAGCCAUUACUAAAUACCCCUAUUUUACAGUCACUGUUCAAUAGUCUAAUCAAGGUGAACUGGUUCAAACCUUGCUUUAUGUACACUGAUGUAAAAAAAGAGAAGACCAUUGGAAAACAAAUCCUCCUUCUAUGAAAUAAAUCUAUUUUUAAAGAGG